CAGCCGGGGGCCAGUGAGGGUCACUCUGCUGGGCUGGACAGCAGAGAGCCUCCAGCCCUCAGUCUGCAGCACCCAGGGCGCCUGCUCAGAGCGCUGUGCUGGGAAGGGCUCUACUCCCUCUCCCGGGCCAGUUAGACCUGUAAGGGGAUCUCAGAGGUGCUAGGGACGCCUGAGGGAGGGCAUGGCAGGGCAGACUGGGUAGGGGCAUCAUGGUUUCUCUGAAAAGCGAGUUGUGCUUUCUCAGACGCCCCCUCCCCCUUAGUCUACCAUCUGGCCACCGGCGCUUUUGCUCUGGCAGAUGCUGUAACAGACCCUCAGAGGAAGAUGCGGUCUCAGGACUAUGGUCGGCAUGCCCUCAGGGCUAUGGUGGACUUGGGGGCACCCUCCUGGACAACAGGGGCCUUUGGCCAGCUCUGAAGGGAGGAAAGAUGCUCAUGUGAGAAAGGGCCUUGUAGGUGAGAGGAAUGAGUCUGGGGCCAAACACCCUGGGUCCCAUGACACCCCUGGCCUGGCUGUCGUGUGUGUGAGCUCAGGGGUUCCUCUGUCACCUCCACUGUGUCCCAGAUGUGUGGAACAGAGGCAGUCUAUGGAACACACUUAGUAAAGAGGCUGCCAGGCAGUGAGCAUCAGCACCUAAGGGUGACCCGCAAGUCCUCUGAGACAGGUGCAUUGUCAUCAUGGACCCUCACUGGGCACCUGGAGGCCCAGAGGGAUAAAGUAAUUGUCCCAAGACCACAUAUCUAAGGAUAAAAUCCACUGAUGAGGACACCACAGCACAUCGAGAGAGAAGGGAGGUGGCAGGUUUACAUCCAAGUGGUCCAGCGUCCCAUGGCCAAUGGAGGAGGUCAGUUCUGGUGUAUUAUGUGCUGAUCUGGUCCAGGUGGCAUUCAUGUUAUGAGGAAACUCCUCUCUCACCCAGUGUCUGAUGUUCCUGCCUCUCUCUGACCAUGAAAAUAUCUUGCCUGGUCUUAGGAAGGUUCCUAUGUGGCUCCUACCUUGUGUACCAGUCAGCCUGCCAAGGUCAGGUGGUUGUCAGAGCAGCCUACUCUGCAGUGUUAACAAGAGGGACUGUGGGCAGAGGGGACCUGAAGCCACAUAGGAUGGUGUAGGUUGGGGGGGGGCUAACAUUCCCUCAGAUUAUGCACCAUGCUAAGUCCUUUACCACUGGGAUUUUGCAACAUUUCCUUGAGGUCAUGUGGACAGCAUCCAUGUGUCACAAAUAAGGAAACUGGAGUGUAGGAAGGUGAACAAAACUUCUCAAGGCCACCAGACAGCACCUGGAGAGGGGGAGACUGCUCACCUGAGGCAGAGCCCCCCACCCUGUUCUGGGCCCUACCUGAGCACACUGUACUGUCUAUACCCCCUCCAACUCUGUGGUGGUGCCUGCCUCCCACUCCUCUCUUCCUGCUUCUGCUCCUCACCGCUAGCUCCUGUGGGCUGUCUGCUUGCCAGGCCACCUCCUCACCACCACACAGGGCACCCACAACUCAGCUGAGAUUUUGUGGCCACAGAGUGCUCUCCCAUGUGGAUACCUGUGUGGAAGGGGUGUAGUAAACACACACAGUGUCACCCCCGGCCUGGAAGCUGUACCCACGGCUUUGUGAUGAAGACUGUGAGCAUGCCCAGGCACUUCCAGCUGGCCCUAUUUCAUAAGCCCCCAGGUCAGAGGCCAGGCUGGGUCCAUAGCCAGGCAAUGCUAGUCCCCUGUGUCUGCUCCCUCCCUUCGGGCAGGCCAACCUUGAAUUCCAUCCAAUGUGGUGAGCAUUCAUCACACACUCUCUGUGAGCCAGCCAGGCAGGUCUGGGGGAUAUUGAGAUGGGAGACACUUCUGCAAAGGUCAGUGACUACCAAAUGGUGGCAAUGGGCUGAUCCAUUACAUGUACCCACAUAUGUGCAGCUGCAGAGCCGCAGAGACAUGCGUGCAUGCAGGAAGCUAGGUGUGAGCUGAAUUUCACAUUGUUGGUUUUAUCUUUGUUAAACAGUCUUUCCUGAGACUUGCCUUAGCCUAGCAUCUCUGCAGAAGAGUAGCACCCUCAGGACUGCUAUGAGGGGAAUCAAUAUUCUGGGUAGGUGCAGAACCAACAACCUUUGACAAAGCUGACCACUCCUGCCAGGACACAUGGAGGGCAAGCUGGCACCCUGCUUUCUGGGCACUACAGCCUGGUCAGCCCCGGCCCAGCUUGCCAGCAAUAUACCCUGCAUGCCCCAGGUAGCCAGCAACACCUCCCUGGACCUCAGGGAGCUCAGAGUGCCCAGCUCCGUGCUGCACUCACUCUGCCUUCCCUCGAGCCUGCUGGCUAUGGCCACACUGGCCCUGAGACUGCUGCUGGUGACCAUACUGCAGAGCCAGCAACUACAACAGGACCCCCACUACCUGCUGCUGGCCAACAUCCUGCUCUCAGAUCUGGCCUGCCUUCUCCUCCACACACUCAUUUCCUAUAGCAGCCUGAGUGGCUAUCUGGGCCGCACUUCCCGCAGCAGCGUCACAGACGCGGUCUUCACCACCCAGACCAGCACCAUCCUGUCGCUCACAGCCACCGUACUGCACACCCACCUGGCAGUUGCUCAUCCUCUGCGCUACCUCUCCUUCGUGUCCUGUGGGGAGGUCUGGAAGGCAGUGGCCCUCAUCUGGCUGGUGGCUUUUUUCUUUCCCACGUUUCUCCUUUGGUUCAGCAAGUGGCAGGAUGUCCAGCAGGAGGAGCGUGGGAUCUCGUGCAUCUUGCUGAUGAGCCUGAGCACGCAGGGCUGUGCCCCCCUCCUCACCAUCACCCACAUUUCCAUCUUGUGCCUUCUCUUCCUCUGCAUGGCUCUCAUUGCCUACUGCUCGGAGAUCUAUGCAGAGGCCAGGACAUCAGACAUCUGCACGAAGGGCUAUUCCCUGGCCAGGGGCACCCUGCUUAUGCACUCAGUGCUGAUCACACUGUGCAUGAGCACAGGGGUGAUGUUCUCCCUGGAUGUCAUGCUGACCAAGUACCACCACAUUGGUGCCAGGACUCACAAAUGGCUCCUGGUGGCCAACAGCGAGGUGCUCAUGAUGCUUCCCCGAGCCAUGCUCCCAUACCUGUACCUGCUCCGCUACCGGCAGCUGCUGGUGUUCAGGGCCCUCUUCUCAUCCAGGAGGCACAAGGCAAUCUUUACCACGUCCCAGAGCUUCCAAGUGCACAAUUUGGGAGGCUGAGGUUAAAAGUUGUACGUUGAAUGUGUCAGCAUCCAAUUAUGGCUGACUCCUUAGAAUGUGGAAUACAAUUGUGGAACUCGCCCUUUAAGAGAACCUCAGCUGAUUGUUUUCACCUUUUAACAGUUUUGAAGUAGAGAAAGCUCUCUUCUAGUGACACUGAAAUUCUACUUGGAAAUGGAGGCAAGUAAAGGCGACCCAGGAGGCCUCUGGUCUAUGUGGGGUGAAGCUUUGGUCUGUACCUCCCAGCGUCUCCCUCCACACCUUCCAUGUCCACUGUGGGGGCAUCACUGCUGACAGCCACACUGAUGACAAGCUGUUACUGGCAGCUGGGACCUGGGAGGUGAGCAAGGAGACCAUGAGUCCCUAUUUGGGCAGCUGCUAAGGAUGUGGGAGGGAGGAGAGGAAGCUGGGACCCACCUACAGUGUGAGUGACAGGGAGGUGCCACUAUAAAGCUGAAUCCCCAAAGGUUACAUUCUCAGAAUAAAGAUAAAUGAUAACAACACUUAUGAAAGGGAGUAGCAAGGGAACUUGCUUGCCUUGACUUUGGUGCUGUGCAGAAGAGGAAGAAAAUUCCUUGAGAAUUCUUAAGUAAAAGCCACCCUUCACAUAGCAUUAGAGCUAGCUUUCAAACUAUUUUAGGGGUCCAAAAACCUCACUCCAACUAGUGUGGGUCUCCUGGAAGAUCUGAACUUUAACUCAGGCCUCAGAGAAUUUCUACAAUAAAGACCUCAAAGAAACAAGUUGCACACAGUCAAAACUCACAGAACCACACAGGGAAAUAAGGCACCGUGAAUGAGAGCAAGAAGGAACAAGAAGGCAGCAGCAUCAGACCACACCUCCUUGAAUGACCUGACACUAGCUUAAUAUAAAAAGGUUCAAUAUGUUUUUAAGAUAUGAAAAAUGACAUGAAAAUAUGAACAGGGAACUUUUUAAAAAUAACUAAGAAUAUUUGAAAAGAACCAAAUAAAAACUCCUAGAAAUAAAAAAUAUUAGAAUUAUAAAAGAUGAGUUGAAUUUAAUAUGAAUUAUACAGCAUGUUAGACAGAAUUGGAGAGAGAAUUUGCAAAGUAGGAGAUAGGCCCUGAUAAAUUACUUAUUAAUAAAAUGCAGCGCAGAGGGACAAAGAAAUGAAGAAUAUAGAAGAAGGAUUAAGAGUCACUGAGGUUACCAUGGUACAGACUAAACGUACAUAUAAUUUGGGAAUAUAAUACAGGAAAUGUGGAAGCAGAAAUAUAUGAAAGUGAUAGUUUUUCAGAAAUUUUGAACAAUCAAAUCUCAAAUCCAAGAAACCCAACCAGUCACA